CUUGUGAAUUGAAGGGAAAUGGAUAUCGAUUUAAAUAUAUCCUGCAGCAGCGAUGGGUGUUCCGAUAGUUAUAGUGGCAAUGGUAUUCAAUUUGAUUUAAGUAAGAGUGAUUCAGGAGGUGAUAAUGAGCAAUCGACUGAUGCAAUGUCCGAAGAAAGUGUUCGUGCCAACGAAGACGAACCGAAUGGUGAAUCAGUUGAGGAAGAAAGUGUGAAUGGAGAUUUAGUGACAUUGCGUGCAGUGGAAUCCAUGAUUAAUGUUGGAAGUGCUAUUGACACCCUUGACGAAGUUUUUGUGUUGUAUUGUCAAUAUGCGAAGAUGAUUGGAUUUUCAGCUAGGAAAGGGGCGCAAGGGAAAUUCAAAAACACAGAAAUUGAAUGUUCCAAGGCUUUUCAUUGUUCAUGCGAGGGACCACCUGAUAACAAGGCCUCAAAUGGUAGACUAGCGGCCUACAAAAAGCAGAGUUAUAGAAGCAACUGCAAGGCUAGGCUACGUGUUAGCCGUACAGAUGUUGAUUCUCCUUGGGUCGUAACUUUGUUCGAGAAAGAGCACAAUCAUGAAUUGGUACAUCCAAGCGAAAGUUAUUUGUUGCGCUCUGCCCGUAAAAUGGCACAUUCUCAGAAGACUUUGCUUAUGGCAAUGAAGUCAAGUGGUAUUGGGGUUAGUCGUUCGUAUCGUUUUUUGGAAAAUGAAGCGGGAAGUCGUGAAAAUAUUGGUUUCAUACGCAAGGAUGUGUACAACGAACUCAACUCCAACAAUGCGAAAAUGGCUAAAGUUCCCAAUUAUGAUGCAAACAAAUUGUUGGAGUAUUUCACCGAGAAAGGAUUGAGCGACCCUUCGUUCUAUUGGAAGGUAAAAGUCACCGAUGAUGGUAGGCUUCAAAAUCUCUUUUUUAGGGAUAGUAGAUGUCUUACAGAUUAUCAACAUUUUGGUGACGUGAUUUCUGUUGAUGCGACGUAUAAAACUAACAAGUAUGACUUGAUAUGUGUCCCUAUUGUUGGAAUAAACCACCAUCGGAUGAACGUAAUGUUUGCAAUUGCUUUUUUAUCCAACGAGAAGACCGAGUCUUACGAGUGGUUGUUUUCUACCUUUCUUGAGUCAAUGUAUCAUAGAGAGCCUUCUAUCAUAUUUUCUGACCAAGAUCAAGCUCUUAUGAACGGUGUUGAUGUUACAUUUCGUGAUGCAAAGCACCGGCUUUGCCAAUGGCAUAUUAACAAAAAUGCCGGGAAGCAAUUUGGACACUUGAACCAGAACAAGCACUUUAAAUCAUUGUGGUUUCGAUGUAUGAAUGGUUGUGAGAACGUCGAAGAGUUUGAAUCAAAUUGGGCAACUAUGAUCGAUGAAUUCAAUCUGUUGGAGAAUAGAUGGUUUAGUGGCAUGUACAAGUUGAGAAAGAGAUGGUCAUCUGCCUUUACCCGAGAUAAAUUUACUGGUGGAUUGCAUGCAACGUCUCGCAGUGAAGCGACCAACAGGGUGUUGAAAGAGUUGAGUUCUUCUACUUCAAGUGUCCAUGAAUUUGUACUAGGAUUUGAGAGAAUGCAGAUAAAUUGGCGCAGACAAGAGUUUGAGGAGGAUGCUUUGUGUCGAGGAAUGCCCGGUAUGUUAUUGCAAUCAAGUGAAAUUCUCGUUCAAAUUGGUCAGAUUUGCACACGAAAUAUUUUCAAGUUAUUCGAGUAUGAAGCUGUGCAAUCUGUAUCUGUUAAAGUUACACACGAACCACUAGAUUUGAAUGAUGAGUUUCUUGUGUUCAAGGUAUGUUCCAAAACAUCAUUUAGAGGUUAUCGGAUUGUGAAGUUUAAUCAAGCCACGAAAAUGGGUUCUUGUUCAUGCCAUAUGUGGGAGACGGAAGGUGUUAUUUGUCGACACCUAUUUAGAGUUUAUUUCAAUAUGAACUUGGAAAGGUUGCCGGAAGAAAUGUUGUUAAAUAGGUGGCGGAGGGUGUCGAGGGACAGGAUACCUUUAAGUCAACGGUCUAUUGAUUGUUCAGGGCCUAACAAGUUUACCAAUAUGGUAUUUGUGAAUCACAAUGCUCAACGUGUGUACGACUUGUUGACGGAUUGCAAGGAGGAUGAGAGUUGUAGGAAUACAAUCAAUGACCUUAUUACCCAUAUGAUCGAGACAGUAAAAACAAUGAAAAAGGCUUCUAAUGUUGCCGAGGCUGCCGGAGCAUCUGCCCGAUCCUUUAAAGAGCCACUGCAUCGUCCAAUUAGCAAUCCCAAUUUGAAGAAGAAGCGUUCGUAUCGUCGUAAGAUGUUUAGCAAGAACUGGGAUGGUAGACGGUCGGACGGUGUUAAUAGAUCUAAAGCAACUGAAGAGAUGAAUGAUGAUUUUGAUUCGCAAAACAAUCCUAAUUUCCUUAGCAGCCAACGUAUCAACCGAAAUUAUGAUGGCGCAUCGGAUCGUUUCUCCGUGGAUUAGUGUAUCGUUGUUGGAAUAAUGAAUUCCAGUCGCUGUUUGAUUUUAUGAUGGCGAGAAAGUUUCUUGGUUUUGAUAUGGCAUCCGCUGUAGGUUUUAAUUCGUUUUACAUAUGAACCUACUUAUGGAAUUGAUGAAUUAGUGUUCGAACUUAAUUAAUCCAUGACUUACGUGUGUCGACUAGUUGAAUGAAUCACAAACCAAUGUGGGUUAUGUGUUCUUGAUUUAGUACAUGAUUGAUAUUUCUCUCACUAUUUGUGAGUAAACAGCAUGGGGUGUUUGGUUUGA